UCUCUCUCUCUCUCUCUCUUUGUCGUCUCCAAAGUGAAGCCAGCGAGAAACCCUAGCUCCUCCUCUGCGUCGCCGCCCAUGAAGCAAACCACCUCCUUCGGCUUCUUCGCUCUAUUAAUGGCCCUCGCUCUCCUCAUCACCAUGAAGAUCCAAAACAAGCACCUCGAGAUGGAUCUGACGCGAAAUCCUUCCUUGCCGACCGAGAGGGAAUGGAGGGGCGAGCUCCAGGGUUUGCCUCGCGGGAUCAUCGAACCGACCACGGACAUGGAAUUGAAGUCUAUGUUGAAGAACUCAAGGUUAAAAGGCGCUAGUGAUAAGUCCAAUUCUCUUCUGGCAAUGGCAGUUGGCAUUUCACAAAAGAAAAAUGUGGAUAAUAUAGUUCGGAAGUUUCUUAUAGAAGAUUUCUCAAUUAUGCUUUUUCAUUAUGAUGGGAGCGUUGACGGAUGGCAUGAUCUCAAUUGGAGCAACAAGGCAGUACACAUACUUGCCUAUAAUCAAACAAAAUGGUGGUUUGCUAAACGCUUUUUACAUCCUGAUGUUGUAUCUAUCUAUGACUACAUAUUUUUGUGGGAUGAAGAUCUAGGCGUGGAGAACUUUCAUCCUAGAAGGUAUUUAAAGAUAAUGUUUUCUGAAGGUCUGGAAAUUUCACAGCCUGCUCUAGAUCCUGAUCAAUCAUCUGACAUACACCACCGUAUCACAAUCCGAAAUAAAAUGAUGAAAGUUCACAGACGCAUAUAUGAUUUCCGUGGGAGUCUGAAUUGCUCUGAUGAAAGUAAAGGGCCUCCAUGCACAGGGUGGGUCGAAGGGAUGGCACCUGUUUUUUCUCGAGCUGCAUGGCGCUGCGUGUGGCAUCUCAUCCAGAAUGACCUGAUUCACGGAUGGGGCCUGGACAUGAAGCUCGGUUAUUGUGCUCAGGGUGAUCAAACUAAGAAGGUUGGGGUGAUUGAUAGUGAAUUCAUCGUUCACCAAGGGAUACCCUCCCUGGGAGGACCAUCAGUUACUAAGGCACUGCACAGAUCCGUAGAUUUAAGAUCACAGAUUAGAAGGCAGUCAACAGCUGAAUUAGAAAAGUUCAAGGAGCGAUGGAAUAAAGCUGUGAAGGAAGACAAGGAGUGGACCGACCGUUUUGUCAAGUUAGCAAGAAAAAAGAAUGUGACAUGAGGGAAUAUCGUCACCUCCGAAAACCUAAAAUCUCAAGGCCAAUCUGAUAUGUUAUUACCUUCUCUUAGCGGCAUAAUCCAUGGUGGCGUAAGGAUAAGUUUUUCACAUCACAAUUUUGCCGACAUUUUGUUCUCUGAUUGCUGUUUGCAAAUCUAUGCAGAUGUUCACCAGAUGUUUCAUCUGUAGAGUUGUCACGUCUCAGCCGCCUCCAUGCAUGCAACGGGAGCCCGCAUAAUUUAUUCUGAUCAUUGUUUGUAGUGUGGGCUCAAUUUAUUGUGAUCAUUUUUUGUUGUAUCCUGCACCACACUGCCGCUGUCGUCUGCUUCAACAGUGGCUCGGCCCAUAUUGUCCUGAUAUUUUGAAUGAUUCUCAGAAGGAAAAUUUGCCAAAAUUGUUUAAGCGUUUUUUUGCUGUGAGACGUCGGGUUUCUUUUGAGGUGCUUCUCGCAGUACGUCUCAUUAAAUGCCAGAAUCUUCUGCUGAGGACAAUUAUUGACCAAAGGACGAAGGGUGCAGCAUCCAGCAUCCGUCAAAACAAUCACAACUUGACACUGUAAUUCGAUGACGAUCGAUACUAAAAGCAGAUCUCAGUUGCCCAUCAUCCUGUGAACUCCGCAAUAUCUAGGCUAAAUGUUUGAUGCUCUGCAUGCAGCAUCUGGCGACAUAACACUCACAGGGGAGCUUCUCCGUUUCGGCUGAGUCCCCAGGCAUCAAUUGUGACCUCGCACUCAUACCCGAGCAUUAUGGGUACAGCUCGUGUUAAUAAAGCUAACAUGAAUUGCAAUGA